AUGACACGCACACUCAUCCUCUUCGGCGCCGGCCCCGGCAUUGGAAACCACGUCGCCGCCGAAUUCGCCUCAAAAGGCCUAACCCACAUCAUCCUUCUCGCGCGCAACACACACCGGCUCGAAAACGAAGACGCACCCUUCAUCACCAAAGCAUCACCCGGCGUAAUAGUCUCCACACUCCCCAUCGACCUCGCAGACCUAUCGUCCCUACCCGCCGUGCUGUCAAAGCUCGACGACCUAACAGCAGGCGAAGACGUAGAAGUCAUUUUCUUCAACGCUGCGCGCAUCAAGCCGAGUGAAGUUUUGGACGUCAGUGUUGCGGAAAUCGAUGAGGAUUUCAAGACGACGACGCUGUCCCUCUACGCAAUCUCUCAGCACUUUCUCCCGAAACUGCAAGAUCGGGCUUCUAAUUCUGCACUCAAGCCUGCUCUCUUGGUCACUUCCUCACAUCUCCCCUGGGAUCCUGUUCCGCAGUUGGUGUCUCUUUCUCUAGUCAAAGCGGCGCAGCGCACUAUGGUGAUUGCGCUGAAUCGCGCGUUUGGGGACAAGGGCGUGCAUGUGGGGGUAGUGAGUGUGGAGGGGCAGGUUGGGGUAGAGAAUCGGGUGUUGAAUCCGAAGGCGAUUGCGGAGCGGGCGGUCAAGUUCUGGGAGGGCGGUGUCGAGGCAGGUAUUGAAGUCAAGAUUGCGGAAGAGGAACAAUGA